AUGAAAAAACAGAUUGUAGCCAAAGAGUGAGUUGGUUCGAAUUGACAAAAUAUUUUGACUCAUCGAUUUUAUUCAGAGAAACAAAAAAUAAAACGAAAAAAGAACCAGAAAAGUGUUCUGUCACAAAUGAAAAUAAUAAAAUGACAAAAAAAGAAGGAACAAAAACUGUGAGUUGGAUUCCAUUGGAGAAAAAAUCAAAAACACCAAACAAAGUGAUUAAAAUUAAAAGGUAAUUUUGCAAUUUUAGUUGUAUCAAAUUUGUAUUCUUGUUUGAUUACAGAAAAGAUGAAAGAUUGAGCAGAAAAGUCAAAAAAUCCAUAGCCGAAACGAACAAAUUAUUAGCUGAAGCAGAUUCUGUUUUCAAAGCAAUUGAUGUAUGAUGAACGAAUUAUAAGAAUUAUAAACAACUGUUAAAUUUUUACAGACAAUUAAUUCGAAUUAUCGAGAAUCGAAAAGUGUUAUAAAAGUCAAGUUAAACUCGAAUAGCCACGAAUAUAGUGAUGCUCAAGUAUUAGAAAAAGCUGUAAGAGUUUCUAAAGUUUUUAAUCAAAUUUUCUUAAACAAAUUUCAGCAAAUAAACCACUUUGCGGAAAGAAUAAGUCGAUCAUUAGAAGGAUUGAAGCAAAUCGAAUCAGAAGUUGAAAAAACAGUAAAAUUUAGUAGAGAAAUUGCUGAAGAAGCGGAGAAGAGUUGGUAUAUUCGAUGGUUACGUUAUAUUUACUAA